CUUAAUGUGUUAUCUCAUCCCUUGUUCCUGAGGAAGAGGCAGGGCAGGGAAGGGAGAGAGGAGCGGGUUGGUUGGAGGGAGGGGAGCUGGGGGAAAGGCGGAACAAACCGGUGUGCUCGGAUACAUGCUGUAGCUGCUCGCCCGCACUGCAGAUUAACUCUUACCGUGCCGGGAGAUGCAGCGAAACAUGGAAAGGACUGGUCAGAGCUUCUCCUGGCCGAAGCUCGCAUAACAACUCUUCAGCCAGCAAUCAGUCUCCCUGGGGAUCACAAGGACGCCUCCUAAACUCAGCUCAUUCCUCAACCUGCCACACAGGCUGUGUGUGUGGACUGAGGCCAGCCACUGUAGAAAUGGGGCAGAGCGUAGGGAUGUGCACCGCAGAGGCCGAGCAAAGAGUGUGCUUCUGAACGCUAUGUCUGUACUUCUAAAAGGGAAGAGCUGUGGAAAACUAUAGAAAACUCAAACCUCAAAGGAGCCGCACAGUAUGACCUGCUGCUUUCCCACUUAUGGUGACAGGGGCUGAAGCUGGCCACACAUUUCUGUGUGUGUGUGUGUGUGUGCCUGUGUGUCAGUGUGUAUCACACUGUAUUGGGGUGUGUUUAACUUCAGUCCGGCCUCCCCUCUAGUCCAGAGGGAGGUUCUAGUGUGUGUCCUUCGUGUUUCCGGAUGCAGAACAUCCUCGAUCAAAACUUAGACAUGGCCACGGCUCUGCUCGCCGGUGAGAAGCUGAAGGAGCUGAUCCUGCCGGGCUCCUCUCAGGAUGAGAGGGGAGGGCUACUUGCCGGCCUCAUGGUGCAGCUCAAACUGGAGCUACCCUUUGAUCGAGUCGUCACUAUAGGGACGGUUAUCAUCCCCAUCCUGCUGGUCACCCUCGUCUUCACAAGGAACUUUGCAGAGGAGUCCAUAUACUGUUACACACCACACAACUUCACCAGAGACCAAGCACUGUAUGCAAGAGGCUACUGCUGGACAGAGCUGCGCGAUGCUGCACCCGGUGUAGAGUCUCACCUUUGGCCUUCACUAUUUGAACACAAGUUCCUGCCCUAUGCCCUGCUGGCCUUCGCUGGAAUCAUGUACAUUCCCGCUUUGGGCUGGGAGUUCCUUGCCUCUACACGGCUCACUUCAGAGCUCAAUUUCCUGCUUCAAGAGAUUGAUAACUGCUAUCAUCGAGCCGCUGAGGGCCGGGCCCCAAAGAUCGAGAAGCAGAUCCAAUCCAAAGGACCUGGCAUAACUGAGCGAGAGAGGAGGGAGAUCAUAGAGAAUGCAGAGAAGGAGAAGAGCCCAGAGCAGAACCUGUUUGAGAAAUAUUUGGAGAGACGAGGCCAAAGUAACUUUCUGGCUAAGCUUUACCUAGCACGCCACCUGGCUAUUAUCUGCCUCAGUUCCAUCCCCAUUUCCUACCUGAGCGUCUACUACGCCCGCCAAAGGCAGAAUGAGUUCACCUGUGCACUGGGUGAGCCUCCAGACAUUAGCAGCUAUGCAGAGCUGAAGCUCAGGGUCAACUGUAAGCUGCCUGCUGUGCAGCUGCAGCGCAUCAUGGCGGCGGUAGAUAUCGCUCUGCUCUGCACCAUGAACCUCAUCAUCCUGCUUAAUUUGCUGCAUUUGUUCGUGGUGCGCAAGUCCAACUUUGUGUUCGACAAACUGCAUAAAGUGGGUAUUAAAACACGGCGGCGCUGGCAGAAGUCUCAGUUCUGUGACAUCAACAUCCUGGCCAUGUUCUGCAACGAGAACAGGGACCAUAUCAAGUCGCUGAACCGGCUGGACUUCAUCACUAAUGAAAGUGACCUCAUGUAUGACAAUGUGGUCAGGCAGCUGUUGGCUGCGCUGGCACAGUCCAACCAUGACGCUACACCCACUGUGAGGGAUUCUGGGAUACAAACACUAGAUCCCAACAUGGACCCAUCUGAUCUUGGCGUGGGAGAAAUGGCUGGAGAGCCGCUGGUCAUUAAACGGCCCCGCAAGAAGAUUAAGUGGAUCCCAAGCUCAAAUCCUCUUCCUCAGCCAUUCAAGGAACCUCUUACCAUGACACGUCUGGAAAAUAACACAAAGCCUGAAAAACCCAAACCAGUCAGACGAAAAACAGUGGUAGACAGCUUCACUACACCACUUUUUGAUACCAAAAGCACACAAUAUCCUGCAAUAAAAGAUUUGAGUGGGAUAGAGAAAAAGCACACUCGCAACUUCUCUUUGGACGUCCACCCAUACAUGCUGACCAUCCGUAAGCCCAAGGUGGAGACCACAGCCGUAGAGCCUCUCCCCUCACAGCACAACAUGGAUACAGUGUACCUUGAAGGCACCCACACUAUUGUACAUGUGUCUGGUGCCAUAACAGAAACUAAGGUUUGCACUCCAGAAUCGACAAACACUGCCUUUUCUACAGUGACCCUGCCCACCACUUCUUACGUAAAUGGCGUCAGCCCGAACCCUCCCUCCAGUGAGGACGCCCUGAGUCCAAAGUCUUCUCCUCUUCCUCCGCCUCCUCCUCCAAGGGAGCCCCUCACCCAGACAGAAAACCCUGACUGUCAGCCACCACCCCUGACCAGAGCACCUACACACCAGCUGCUGAGCAUACAUCACACUCUCUUUGAGGAAGAUGAGGAUGAAGAACGCCGUAGGGACAGACUGGCAGAGAGACCGGGGGAGCUCAUCGCCGCUGGGGAGUGUUGAAGGAGGAGAAGAAGAGAAAGCACAGAGACACUACACUCUGCACACAUGACCACCAUGUCAAUCAACUCCGCUCGUUAUAUUCACACACUUCUGUGAUGGGUGGAUUGAACAGUGAGGAAAUGACAUGAACUGUAAUAGUCGUAAAAGCAAAAUGACUCAACUUUCAGAUGGGAAAUUCGCUUGGAGAGGAUAAGACAAAAGUUUGUGUAUUAGAUCAUGACCAGAGUAUUGCUGUAGGAAAUGAUGUCACAUUCAUGUCUCAGGAUGACUGCGUACAGCUUAACACCCUCC